CGGGGCGGGGCCCGCCCGCCGGGGCAGGCACAGCGCGGGCCGCAGGUACCAGCGGAGCCGGCGAGCGGAGCGGAGGAGGAGAGCGGCCGGGCCGGCGCGGCCAUGGGGAAGGUGCAGCUCUUCGAGAUCCGCCUGGGCGACAGCCGCGUCGUCUACAGCCCCGGCGAGCCGCUGGCCGGCACCGUCACCGUGCGGCUCUCGGGCUCGCUGCAGUACCGAGCCAUCAAGGUGAGCUGCAUUGGAUCCUGUGGGGUGUCCAACAAGAUCAACGACACAGCAUGGACUGUGGAGGAGCAGUACUUCAACAGCACGCUGUCCCUGGCAGACAAAGGGGUCCUGACAGCUGGAGAGCACAACUUUCCCUUCCAGUUCCUGCUGCCAGCUUCUGCUCCUACAUCAUUUGAAGGCCCUUUUGGCAAGGUCCUGCAUCAGGUGAAAGCUGUGAUAGACACACCUCGCUUCUCCAAGGACUACAAAUGCAACAAGAUCUUCUACGUCCUCUGCCCUCUCAACCUGAACGACAUCCCUGACAUUGAGCAGCCCAACACUAUGUCCAUCACCAAGAAGUUCAACUACAAGCUUGUGAAAAGUGGCAACAUCAUCCUGACAGCCACGUCUGAUCUGAAGGGCUACAUCGUGGGCCAGGCCAUCCAGCUCCGCACAGACAUAGAGAACAAGUCUGGCCGGGACACCGGCGCCGUGGUGGCCAGUCUGCUCCAGAAAGUGGCCUAUAAAUCCAAGCGCUGGAUUUACGACCUAAGGACCAUCGCUGAGGUGGAGGGCUCAGGGGUGAAAGCCUGGAAACAUGCGGAAUGGAAGGAGCAGAUCCUGGUUCCAGCACUGCCCCAGUCCAUUCUGCAGGGCUGCAGCCUCAUCCACAUCGACUACUACAUCCAGGUUUCCCUCAAGUCUCCAGAGGUUUCUGUCACUCUCCCCAUCUACAUUGGAAACAUUGCUGUGAACAGGGUCCCGCUGAGCCCCUCCCGCUCCAUCCAGCACAUCCCAUCUGUGGUGGUCCCCAGUGCCCCCCCAGAGGAAGAGGAGGCUGCCAGUGGCUAUCACCCCAUGGACAACAUCUCCAUCCCCACCAAAAGCCAUUCCCAGCAGCAGCCCUUUAGCUACGCCCCAGGACUGAGCUUCCAGGAGAUCCGGGCGGACUCGGAGCAGACGGGCUCCCCAAACCACCCCACGCUCUGCCUGUCCACGGGAGCCACUGUCCCCUACUACGCUGAGGGGAACGUGGUGCCUGUCCCCACAGCCAGCUCCCUCAUCCUGCCCCCGGAGUACAGCACGUGGGGAUACCCCUACGAGGCACCUCCAUCCUACGAGCAGAGCUGCAGCAGUGCCAACUCCAGCAUCAGCAAUGGCAAUUAGCCCUCCCCUGCUCCGACCCUGCUGGCGCUGCCCACCCUGGCACCGCGGGGCACCCGCCUGUGGCAAAGUCUGGUACAGCACAAGGCGUCUUCUUGUCUCUCUGGCUGCUUUGGGGAGGGAACUGCCACAUCCCAGCCUGGGCUUUUUAAGUCUCUUUCUAGGGAGGGGGUAAAAAAAACCAAAAAGGGCAGCCAGAGCAGCCUGCAUGCGUGUAGGAGAGGUCUGGGAAACAGAACUGUCUCCUGCUGCUGCACCAAGUGCUGGAGAGCUGGAUGUGCCCCUGGGAAACCCUGGGCAGCAGCCUGUUCAGUACUGUAGUCAACACUAACUGCUUUACUAUCAAAGCACCUGCAAUGCCUUAUCUGAAACGCUCCUGACUUGGCACGGCUCCACUCUAGGGGAAGGCUGGGCUGUGUGGACUUUCUCUCCUCUUUUAGGGGCUGUGUGCUCUCCACAAAUGCUUUUGACAGCCCUUUCCUCCUUGUCCUCAGAGGUCCUAAGGGUAGCAGGAGGUUUCUUGGAGUAAGCAGGUUCGGAAGGUCAGGGACUUUUGAAAAGCCAAAAGCACAAGCCCUCGCUGUGGCUGAGCUGUGGGGGGAGUGACUGGCAGCAUGAGUGGCCAUGGGCACAGGGGGGGCUCGUGGGGACACUUGCUGACAAGCCCUGGUGAGCUCUGGGGAAGAUCCUGGUGUUCCACGGGUGCCCUUUUCCAGCACAGGUGGCUUUUCCCCACAGAGCCCUGUGGGACACAGCCCACCCUUGCCCAGUGGCUGGGCCCUGGCACACAGGAGAACAGCAGUGGUCACUCUGUGAGCAGAGGGACCACGCUCCAUGUCCCAUCUCCUGCCCCUGCAGGGUGCCCUCUCCUCCCAGGCCGGGGUUCCGUGACCAUCAAUCACAAAAGUCUGUCUGAUUCUACCUCUGAGUCUGCCCAGGGGCCCUGGUACCCUCUGGAACCCUCCAUGGGGCUCUCCCUGGCAGUGGCUGUCCCUGCCCAGGCUCCCACGAGGGUGCUGGGCCAGGGGCCUGUUGUGGCACUGGUUUGCUGUGUGUCCCCUGAGCCUGAGCAGAAUGUGACAAUGAACACAAACCGUGUGGGAGCUGCUGCUCUCCUCUGCAGUCUCCGCUGCACCUGGCAGUCGGGGGAACAAGCUGGGUUUUCUUGCAAAUUUUCUUUUUGCGCUUUUUUCCCCACACACACCUUGUUUAGCUUGUUUAGCAUUGACUGCCCAAGCUGAGGAAACCACAAGCCUCAGAGCCACAGGUGCCCAGCCAGGCUGGAGUUGUGGCCUCCAGACCUUUGGCACCUCAGAGCUGGUCCCCACACGGCCCCAGGCUGGGCAGGCAAUACCUGACAGACCUUUAGGAGCAUUUCCAGCUGCUGUCUCAUUGCUCAGCCACCUCUGCACACCCCUCAGGCAGCUGGGACAGGCCCUGCUUUGCACUCUUUCUUUGCAAAUGCUUUUUUAUUUUAUUUUUUUUAAGCAUUGAACUGCUUUAAGGGUAGCGUAGCGAAGGUGCCGUUCUGAGCAGUGCUGGCACAACAUGCACCGAUGCUGAUAGAGUGAUUGUCAUUGUCCCUGAAUAUAUAUAUAUAUAUAUAUAUGAGAUGAAGUUGUUUUUAAUGAUUGAAUUCAGAAAUACAAAUUUUAAUGCUGUAUUUAAUAAAUUAUUCUACGAGAAA